AUGCGGUUGUGGUCUUGCCUCGCUUCAGUGAGCACACUGGCCACUCUGGGCGCUGCGUAUGUUGUUCAUGACGGAAACGUCUGCUAUCUUUAUCCUGAGUCACUCAAACACAACGGAUCGCCUAUUGAUGAUGCACCUUCCAUCCAUCAGGCCUUUGAGACUUGUGGAUCCAAUGGUCAAGUUGUCUUCACCAACCACACAUUCAAUAUCAACUCGGUUCUGAACACCACAAACUUGGUGAAUUGUGAUGUGUCACUACGAGGCGAGCUGCUCUUCUCUGACGAUAUCCCCUAUUGGCUAAACCACUCUUACUCUGUCGUGUUCCAAAAUCAAUCCACGGCCUGGCUCUUCGGUGGAACGAACGUCACGUUUCGCGGCGAGGGUGGCUGGUAUAAUGGAAAUGGCCAGGCGUGGUAUACGGAGAAUCGCAACCAAAGUAAUCAACCGGGCCGUCCUAUCAGCAUCACAUUCAUCAACUCUAAGAAUCUACUUGUGGACAGUCUGAGCAUCUUCCAGCCUCAAUUUUGGGCAACCUUCGUGUCAUACAGUAAGAAUGUGUCCAUCACGAAUCUUUACGUGAAUGCUACAAGUAAUGAUGAGUGGGGCACCGUCAAUACCGAUGGCUACGAUUCUUGGAACAGUGACACAUUGCUCGUCGAAAACGCCGAUAUCACCAAUCAAGAUGAUUGUGUGGCGGCCAAGGGCAAUACCACAAAUCUACUUGUCCGAAACGUCACCUGUCAUGGAAACUACGGCAUGACAAUUGGCUCUGUCGGACAAUACCCUACGAUGCCCGAUUAUGUGCAGAAUGUCACCUUUGAGAACGUCCGAUGCUUGAAUUGCAUGGAGGGGGCCUUUAUAAAGACGUGGCAGGGUACUGCCGACGAUGAUAGCUCGAACGGCGAUAGUGGAGGCGGUGGUAGUGGUCUCAUCAAGAACAUCACAUAUCGCAACUUUGAUUUGACCAACGUUGCUUUACCAAUUCAAAUCUCUCAGUGCAUUUACUCUGAAACCGGACAGAACUGCAAUACAUCCAAGAUGGCUAUUGAGGAUGUCACUUGGUCCAAUAUUAAGGGAACCUCUCGGUACAAUAUUGCGGCAUCAAUCUAUUGCUCAGACGUGCACCCUUGUCCGGGCAUCAAGUUUGAGGAUAUCGAUCUUCAAUCUGUGAAUAGUACAUUGGGGUUGCCGCUUUAUGACACGGAUAUUCAGCAUGAGGUCUAUCAAUGUACAAAUAUCGUCAAUGUGGGGGCCUCUGGGGUUCCUUGCAAUCGUGCUGCGCCGGACACUUAUGGCCAAACGGUAACAUCAAACGUGAAGGACGGUUAG